AUGAUUUACUCUCCAGUGGCUGAAUCCAAGAGGCUUACUAGAGUCCAAGUCGUCCAUCCUCCUUUCCCGUUUUGGAAUGGUUUGGAAUCGUCAGAAAAAGUAUUCAUCCUGAAAUGGAGAUUUUUUGGAGAAGAGAGAGUAAAUUUUAGUCCUGAUAAUUCUAAAAGAAAACGGAGGAGGAAGAGGGAGAAAUUUUUGAAAAAGGAUCCCGGUCGAGCAUUCACGUUCAAGUUUUGUGGUAGUGGAAGUGUCUCUCCGAACUCGUCAACCAUCCCAAAAUCGCUGCACUACAAGAGUCCUCGUGGACUUCGUUUUAUUUCCGCAUUUUCGAGAGCCGUAAAGGCUCAACGUCUCCAUCAAGUCUCCCAGCUUUAAAACUGACGGACAGUUUCCCAAAAUCGAGGAAUAUGGAGCCCUUGAAGAGUUGAAGUUUUUAGUGGCCAAAAACCUAUAUUUUGUAUUUAUUUAUGUCGUAUUUUGUUAGUUUUAGGCCUAAGGCCUUGUAAGUUUACUUAUUUUCAUUUCACUAGUUUAGGAAAGGUACAAGUCGAGUGGGCCUAAGACCCACAAACGGAAAUGGGUCCAAACACCGGUCCAGGCGGACAGAACCCAUGUUUGGGCCCAAUCUCCCUCUCUCUCUCUCUCUCGUUAUUUGCUUAAUUACUUGUUAUUUAAUUGUCGAUAGUCUUAGGGUUAACGAA